AUGACAGCCUCUCCCCUCGAGGCUACGACAAACUCCACCGCAGCCGCGCUCGAACCCCAGCAGGAGCCUCUAUGGGAGUUUGGCGCACUCACGCUCGACACUUCGAGCAGCAGUACACGGCGACGCUCGACGCACAGACGUUCCCAGAGUACAGCGACCUUGGCGACAUCCAGGGAGUACCGCAGUGACUACCAUUCCUCAGCGUCGAGGGGGCUCGAGCGCCCGAUCGAACUUCGCCGAGACUCGAUGACGACCUCAACCAGUGCUCUGUCCCUUCCGACAUUAGCAGAAGACAACGACGACAAUCCUCCCGAGCGACCCAAGUUGCAGAGGGGCCGGACAUGGGUUGUGGAGCCGCCCACCACGUAUACGCACUCGAGGCGGGGGUCCAAUGCGACGAUUGCUGGUCAAUUUGUGUCGCAGACGACUUCUGGUUCCUUACGACACCGAGCCACCAUUUCAUUCGGAACACCAGCGUCACCUGGUCUGUCGCGACGAGGUUCGUUUGCAAGUCUGCAUGGCGAACCAACCCCGCUCCCUGUUCCAGCCUCAGUGUCGGUCUCGGAUGUAGCGGCAUUGGCGACCAUGUCUCAAGAACCCACGACGCCUUCUCGCCGGAACAGCACGGCCAACCCCUCUGACACGUUACGAGCACGGUUACGCACCCUCUCCCAGCUCGAGGGCAAGGCACCUGAACCAGCAAUCGGGCUCAACGCCGACGUCCUCGAACCACCACCAUCAUCUCGCUCCGCCGUCGCCGACGCCUACAAGUCGCCGGCUGAUGCGGUCACACAGCCACCGGCACUCCAUGCCGGAUGCGACACUCCUAUUUCAGGACCUGCCGACAACGUCGUGCCUCCGUCAGCCUGCGCAGCUCCGAAUGGGCGGAGCGAAGGAGACCCUUUGGGAGCCGAACCGCACGCUGGAGCGGCGGUCCUCGGCUCUCGUGACUCGCGCACCUCGAACCGCUACUCGCUCGAGAUGCCACCACCACCCUUGCCCCUGUCUCGGCGACCGUCCGCCGCACCCAGCGUCUCGGGCGAGGAGCCGCCCGAGAUCCUCCUUCCGUACCGGAGUGCGCCGCGUGACGCUCCGGGUGACCUGUUCACUGUCCGCCCGCCGCGUCCGCCCCGCCGCGGCUCGACGCUAAGCAUGGUGGAGACCCCGACCCCGACGAGCAGCGAGCAGUCUUCCCCGGGCAGCCUGGUAAGCGACAGCGGGUCGCUGUCACCGACAUCGAUUGAGAGCCUCUCAAUAGGUCCCGCAAUGAUGCGGGAGAGGGAGCGCGAGCGCGCACGGGAGGAGGCACAGCUCAAGCUCACCGCCAUCAGCGCAUACAGCACGAGGCGAAACAGCCGCGGGCCGGCGUGGAAGGCGCGCCGCGCACGCGUCACGCAGAGCAUGCACCUCGACCUGGACGAGGAGCGGUUCCUCGACUUUGACGACAUCUAA